AGAGACACGCCAUUAUAAUCGAGCUCUUUUUAUCCUCAUAUUAUUCCACUACUGGCUUUAUUUCACCCGUUGAGCUGUAGGACAGAAAGGAUUUCUGUGCAUCCAUGGAGGGAUUAUGGGAUGCCGGCUCCGUCUGCAUCCUCUCGGAUCUCGUCUCCUGCCCGAACCUGACCAACAGCACCAACUCCAGCACAGCCGAGGGCUUCAUCUUGUCUCCUUAUUACCAGCAUUCCCUGCCGACGGCCACGCUGUUCACGCUGGCGUAUCUCUUCAUCUUCCUGCUGUGCCUGAUGGGAAACGGUCUGGUCUGUGCGAUAGUCCUGAGGACCCGGCGCAUGAGAACCGUGACUAACAUCUUCAUCCUGAAUCUGGCCGUCAGCGACCUACUGAUCGGGAUCUUCUGCAUUCCCACCACGUUAGUGGACAACCUCAUCACAGGUUGGCCUUUCAGCAACACGAUAUGCAAGCUGAGUGGCCUGGUACAGGGAACGUCCGUCUGUGCCUCAGUCUUCACACUAGUUGCUAUCGCUGUGGACAGGUUUCGCUGCAUCGUUUACCCGUUCAAGCCCAAACUCACGCUCUUUGUCGCGAAGGUGUCGAUUGGGACGAUCUGGGUGCUUGCGCUCACCAUUAUGUUUCCCUCAGCGUUAAUGUUGACUGUCGAGGAAGAAAAAAACCAUUUCCUGGUUCACAGUGACAACCACAACCGCACGUACCCGCUGUACUCCUGCUACGAGACCUGGCCCGACCCCGAGAUGAGGAAGGUGUACACGACGGUCCUGUUCGUGCACAUAUACGUGAUUCCCCUCGCGCUAAUCAUGCUAAUGUACGGCCGUAUCGGGGCGAAACUGUACGGCACAACCGUCCUUUCCAGCGCCGAGCCUGAAAUUCCUUCACAGGCGAAAUGUCCCGCGUCUCAACGCAAGAUUCGAGUGAUAAAGAUGCUAAUAGUGGUUGCCUUGCUGUUCAUGCUAUCAUGGCUGCCGCUGUGGACGCUAAUGCUACUGACUGAUUACGCUCGUCCAGACGAGGUCAAUCUGGAGCUUCUAACAAGCUAUGUUUUCCCUAUCUCUCAUUGGCUAGCGUUCUCCAAUUCCAGCGUCAAUCCCAUUAUCUACGGCUACUUCAACGAGAACUUUAAGAGAGGCUUUCAAGCCGCGUGUCAGAAGCACGCUUGUUUCCGUAGCCGAAGGAAACGGCGAUUUAGCGUUAAACAGCCCAGGGUUGGAAGUCAGGGUUGUAGCCCGUUGAACACGGGUGCUAGCGGAAAACCGCUCGGUUUGGGAACACGGACAAACCAGAUCUUCACCGAGAGCGAUCUCACCGGAUGCGUUCGCCUGGAGCUCGAGCAUCGGAGCGUUUCAGGAGACGACAAAGCCGAAGGUGGAAGUGGCGCCGUGUCUGUUAAAAGAAAAAGCCACUUCCAAGAUAUUGAGAAAGCAGGAGGUAAAAUAUAUAAUGCCUGGGAGCUUUGAAAACAAAUACAAAAAAACAAACCGUGUCGGACCCAAA